AGGGAACGCCUACCGGAAAAGCAGGAGCUUGUGUGUGGGGAAUGGCGGUUCCUACCGGGAUACUGAGCUUUAUACCGUGAGCCCCGCAGGAACCGAGACAUGGCGCCUCUGCUGGCCCUCCUGCUGCUCUUCCUCACGUGGGGGGGGAGCGGCAGUACCACAGUCUCCCUGCCAGAGACGCUGCUCUUUGUCUCCACGCUGGAUGGGAGCCUUCACGCCAUCAGUAAGCGCACUGGCGCCAUCAGGUGGUCCCUGAAAGAAGAUCCAGUCCUGCAAGUUCCGACGCAUGUAGCAGAGCCGGCUUUCCUCCCCGACCCCAACGAUGGCAGCCUCUACACUCUGGGGAGCAAGAACAAGGAAGGGCUGACGAAACUGCCAUUUACAAUCCCAGAGUUGGUCCAGGCCUCUCCCUGCCGGAGCUCAGACGGUGUCUUGUACAUGGGCAAGAAGCAGGACAUUUGGUUCGUCAUUGACCUGGUGACUGGGGAGAAGCAACAGACUCUGACGUCCUCCUUCACCGACAGUCUCUGUCCGUCCACCUCGCUGCUCUACCUGGGCAGGACAGAAUACACCAUCACUAUGUACGACACGAAGAAUAAGGAGCUGCGCUGGAACGCCACGUAUCAUGACUAUGCCGCCACCCUGCCCGACGAGGGCACCGAAUACAAAAUGUCCCACUUUGUGUCCAAUGGGGAUGGCAUGGUGGUGACGGUGGACAGCGAGUCGGGGGACGUGCUGUGGAUACAGAACUACGCGUCGCCAGUGGUGGCACUAUACAUGUGGCAGCGGGACGGCCUGAGGAAGGCGCCACACACCAACGUUGCCGUGGAGACCCUGCGCUAUCUCACCUUCAUGUCCGGCGAGGUCGGCCGCAUCACCAAGUGGAAAUAUCCCUUCCCCAAAGAGACCGAGACCAAGAGCAAACUCAUGCCGACCCUGUACGUGGGCAAAUACUCCGCCAGUCUCUACGCUUCCCCCUCGCUGGUCCAUGAGGGCGUCACCGUGGUGCCCAGGGGGAGGGCAAUCCCGCUGCUGGACGGGCCCCCCGGCACUGACGGGGCCACCAUCGAAGGAGCCGGCGAGUGUGAGUUCACGCCCAGCACAGAUCUGAAGAUCCCAAAGGACAAGCUGAGUUACUGGCGCAACCAAUGGCUGCUCAUAGGGCACCACGAGACCCCAAACUCGGCACCAAGCAAACUCCUCGAGACCUUCCCGGCCUCCCUGCCUCGCUCCCAGGAGAACGUCAUAGAGGCCGGCGCCGAGAAGCCGCGCUUCCCCGAGGGCGUUAUGGGCGUGGCCAAUGAGGCGUCUGAGGAUUUCGGCGCCUCCUACUCGCAGGAUCUGACUGACAUUUCCCGACCGGUCCCUCCCAAGCCAGAAGCUCCCGUGGACUCAAUGCUCAAGGAUAUGGCCACCAUUAUAUUCUGCACCUUCCUACUGGCCGGCUGGGUGGCCUUUGUCAUCACAUACCCAAAGACAGUACAGCAGCAGCAGCAGUUGCAGCACCAGCAGUUCCAGAAGCAGUUGGAAGAGAAGAUUCAGCUGCUGCAGAUGCAGAAUGUUCUGUUCCAGUCUCCGGCAGAUUUGCCCCCAGAUGGAGAUUAUCUGGAUAUCCCUGGGGGGCAGGGGGAAGGCUCUGCUGUCAGCUCCCCCAAUGUCUCCCCAAAAGCUUCCAACCACUCUGUGUGUUCCAACAUGUCGGCAUCAGAGGGCGCCAGUGUCAUCUCCACGGAGCAGGAGGAUGCAGGUGAGGAGGGGCACGUGACUGUGGGGAAGAUCUCAUUUAAUCCGAGGGAAGUUCUGGGCCACGGAGCCGAGGGGACCAUCGUGUACAGGGGGCACUUUGAUAGCCGGGAUGUGGCGGUGAAGAGAAUUCUCCCAGAAUGCUUCAGUUUCGCAGACCGGGAGGUGCAGCUGCUGCGCGAGUCGGACGAGCACCCCAACGUCAUUCGCUAUUUCUGCACCGAGAGGGACCGCCAGUUCCAGUACAUCGCCAUCGAGCUGUGCGCCGCCACCCUGCAGCAGUAUGUAGAGGAGAAGGACUUUGAUGGACAUGGCUUGGAGCCAAUCAUGUUGCUGGAGCAGACGAUUUCAGGACUCGCCUACCUGCAUUCACUCAACAUCGUGCACCGGGACCUGAAGCCGCACAACAUCCUGAUCUCCAUGCCCAGUGCCCAUGGGAGGGUGAAGGCCCUGAUCUCGGACUUCGGGCUCUGCAAGAAGUUGGCCGCGGGGAGGAGCAGCUUCAGCCGCAGGUCGGGGGUCCCGGGGACGGAGGGCUGGAUCGCCCCAGAAAUGCUGAGUGAAGACAGUAAGGAGAAUCCGACCUACACAGUCGAUAUCUUCUCCGCUGGCUGCGUCUUUUACUACGUCGUAUCCGAAGGGAAACACCCGUUUGGCAGGUCCCUGCAGCGGCAAGCCAACAUCCUGCUAGGCACGUACACCCUCGACUGCCUGGACUUGGGCACCCACGAGGGCCUCGUUGCCCACCAGCUGAUUGAGCAAAUGAUAAACAAGGACCCCCAGAGACGCCCCUCUGCCCCCGCUGUACUCAAGCACCCGUUCUUCUGGGGUCUGGAUAAACAGCUUCAGUUCUUCCAGGACGUGAGUGACCGGAUAGAGAAGGAGGCGCUGGAUGGGCCCCUAGUGACGCAGCUGGAGAGAGGGGGCCGGUCGGUGGUCCGAAUGGACUGGAAGCAGCACAUCACUGUCCCACUGCAAACAGAUCUAAGGAAAUUCCGCAGCUAUAAAGGGAAUUCCGUGCGGGACCUGCUCCGGGCCUUGCGCAAUAAGAAACAUCACUACCGGGAGCUGCCGGCCGAGGUGCAGGAGACGCUGGGGGGGGUCCCGGAUGAGUUUGUCGGUUACUUCACGUCGCGCUUCCCUGCCCUGCUGUGGCACACCUACCUUGCCAUGCACACCUGUGCCCACGAGAGACUCUUCCAGCCGUACUAUCACUGCCCGCCGGCAGCGUUCUGCCCCGACGUGGCUUGAGAGGGCACCGCGUGGCAUGUGGUGGAAUAGAGUGGGGCAGAAGCAAGGGCCUUGCCCAAUGUGCCCCAAGUAUUGACUUGGUGCCAGGCUGGAUGCCCAGGCUUUUGUGUUAGUGCUUGGCACCUUCCUGGCAGCACCCGAGGAAAAGUGACUCUCUAUAUUGUUGCACUAGGGCAUCACCUGCCCGUGGGUUUGAGUCUGACUGCUGGUAUCCCUGGCACUGCAGUGGGUCUGUGCCCGCCUGGCAGGGGGGUGGGUUAAAGUCUGGCUGUGCCCACUCUGACUGCUGGUAUCCCUGGCACUGCAGUGGGUCUGUGCCCACCUGGCCAGGGGUGUGUGUUUGAGUCUGGCUGUGUCCACUCUGACUGCUGGUAUCCCUGGCACUGCAGUGGGUCUGUGCCCGCCUGGCAGGGGGUGGGUUUGAGUCUGGCUGUGCCCACUCUGACUGCUGGUAUCCCUGGCACUGCAGUGGGUCUGUGCCCGCCUGGCAGGGGGUGGGUUUGAGUCUGGCUGUGCCCACUCUGACUGCUGGUAUCCCUGGCACUGCAGUGGGUCUGUGCCUGCCUGGCAGGGGGUGGGUUUGAAUCUGGCUGUGCCCACUCUGACUGCUGGUAUCCCUGGCACUGCAGUGGUUCUGUGCCUGCCUGGCAGGGGGUGGGUUUGAGUCUGGCUGUGCCCACUCUGACUGCUGGUAUCCCUGGCACUGCAGUGGGUCUGUGCCUGCCUGGCAGGGGGUGGGUUUGAGUCUGGCUGUGCCCACUCUGACUGCUGGUAUCCCUGGCACUGCAGUGGGUCUGUGCCCGCCUGGCAGGGGGUGGGUUUGAGUCUGGCUGUGCCCACUCUGACUGCUGGUAUCCCUGGCACUGCAGUGGGUCUGUGCCUGCCUGGCAGGGGGUGGGUUUGAGUCUGGCUGUGCCCACUCUGACUGCUGGUAUCCCUGGCACUGCAGUGGGUCUGUGCCCGCCUGGCAGGGGGUGUGUUUGAGUCUGGCUGUGCCCAUUCUGACUGCUGGUAUCCCUGGCACUGCAGUGGGUCUGUGCCCACCUGGCAGGGGGGUGGAGUUUUUUUUAAUGUUUUUAACUUAUGGUUCCCAGUAUUUGCCCUUUCCCUGGGCACCCAGGGGCAAGACUGUGACACUGGGGUGGGGGAGGGGGUGGAUUCAGUUGCCCCUCCCCUGGGAACUGUGUAUGAAGUAUUUGCCCCCUGGGACCGUUGUGUUUCUGGGUACUUGGG